CCGCCAUCCUCCGGGGGCGUUGCCGGUCGCGGGGUCGCGGGGUCGAGGCCCGUGAGCUGCGCUCUGCUUCCGGAGUUUUCCACGUGUUCCCAAGAAGAUCAGAAAAUGAAUGAAUCUCUGGGGAUGGUGACCUUUGAGGAUGUGGCCGUGAGCUUCACCUGGGAGGAGUGGCAGGACCUGGAUGAUGCUUAGAGGACCCUCUACAGGGACGUAAUGCUGGAGACCUACAGGAGUCUGGCGACCCUGGGGUGCUGCGUGACCACACCUGAGGUGAUCGUCAGGCUGGAGCAAGGAGCAGAGCUGUACACUGUAGGAGCACCCCCACGCCCGAGCCUCUCAGAUGUCCAGAUUAUGAAUGACUUGAUUGCAGUUUACCAGGAAAAUCAGGGCAAACAUUUAUGGAAAAUUGUGGUCACCAACAGCAGGACAUUGCCAAAUGAAAGAAUCAACUUCGGAAACCCAUUCAAUUUAAACUCAAACCAUAUUUCAGAACGCUUUAUAAAUAAUCAAAAUUAUUCAGAAAGGAUUGCAGAAGACAUUAAUGGUGGGUAUAAGACUGUAUUUCCGGGCCUCCCCGGUGGCGCAGUGGUUGAGUGCUGGGUUGUGAAGCUGCCCAAGGCCUCUGCAGUGCCGGCUUGAUUCCCUGCUGCUCCCCGACCACUGGAGGAGGGUCCCGCAUGGCGUGCAGACCUCUCCUGCCGCCCGCUGCUCCCCUCAGCAGUGUACUUCAGUUCUUCUGCCUGCUCUGCUCCCCGCUCUGGCUCUGGUGAAUUCUCCCACCCUCCCGUGCUUCUGACUGUACCCAGUGCUUGUAUAAAUAAAUAAAUAAACAAAUCUUUAAAAAAAAAAAAAAGUAUUUCCCCUUGGUGAGCCUGGUGAGGAGCCCAAUGGAGACACAGCAGGUUACUGUCACCUCUGUGGGCAACUGGCCCACUGUCCUGAGCAUCGUAAUGGGCAACAGAUGAUUCAGCCAUUUCAGCAGCCUCCUGAACUCUGUGGGCAAGAGAAAGCCUUGAACAAGGGGUCAGUAGUCUUUGCACAUAAGACAGCUGUUGUGGGAGAAACUCCCUCUAAAUAUAAUGAGUGUGGAAGGGCCUGUGAGAAGCCGGCUGUGGGCAGUGAAAGAGCUCACAAAGGAGAGACACACUUUGGAUAUAAUAGAUGGUGGGAAAUCGUGAUUGAGAAGGCCGCACAAUUAAUAUUUCAUGGAGAUCUCCAGGAUGAACACCGUAAACCUAAUCAAAGUGGGGAUAUUUUCAGGAAGAAAUUGCACAUCACUCGGAAUCUGUCCACUAAAUUAGGAGAGGAAAACAAUGAAGAUACUAAAUGUGGUAAAACUUUCUACAAAAUGUCUGUCCUCACUAAACAUCAGAGCAUAGAAAUAGGGAAGAACACUGAGUGUUUGAAAACUUGUGAGAAUUCAACACUUAGGAGUCAUUGGAGAACUUUCUCUGAAAUGAAACCCUAUCAAUGUAACGAAUGUAGGAAAUCUUUCUACCAAAAGGCAAACCUCGCCAAACAUCAGCGAAUUCACACUGGAGAGAAGCCCUAUGAAUGUGAAAAAUGUAGGAAAACUUUCUACAACAUAUCAGCCCUCUCUAAACAUCACAGAACCCAUACAGGAGAGAAACCCUAUGAAUGUAACGAAUGUGGGAAAUCUUUCUCUCAGAAAUCACACCUCAUUAUACAUCAGAGAACUCACACAGGAGAGAAACCCUAUGAAUGUAAAGAGUGUAGGAAAUCAUUCUACCAGAAGGCACACCUCACGACACAUCAGAGAACACACAUAGGAGAAAAACACUAUGAAUGUAAAGAAUGUAGGAAAUCUUUCUACCAAAAGGCGAACCUCAAUAAACAUCAAAGAAUACACACAGGAGAGAAACCGUAUGAAUGUGAAGAAUGUAGAAAAGCUUUCUCUCAGAAGUCACACCUCACUAUACAUCAGAGGUCUCACACAAGAGAGAAAUCAUAUGAAUGUGCAGAAUGUAAGAAAACUUUCUAUCAAAAGUCUGACCUCACUAAACAUCAAAGAACACACACAGGGGAGAAACCCUAUGAAUGUAAGGAAUGUAAGAAAACUUUCUACCGGAAGUCAAACCUCACGGAACAUCAGAGAACUCACACAGGAGAGAAACCGUAUGAAUGUAAAGAGUGUACGAAAUCUUUCUACCAGAAGUCAGACCUGACUAAAUACCAGAAGAUUCACACAGAAGAGAAACCCUACAUAUGUAAAGAAUGUAAGAAAUCUUUCUACCAGGUGUCAGCUCUUAUUGGCCAUCAUAGAAUUCACGCAGGAGAGAAACCCUAUGAAUGUGAAAAAUGUGGGAAAACUCUUACGGAAGUCAAAUCUCUCUGAACAUCAGAGAAUUCUUCACUUUACAUAAGUGAGAAAUACUUACUAUUAUAAAGAAUGGAGGACAUCUUUCUCCCAGAAGCCACACCUCACCUUUGAUCAAAUAAUUCACACAGGAGAAAAUCCUUAUGAAUGUUAAGAUUGUAGCAAAUCAUUAUAGCAGAAGUCAUAGGUAACUGUGCACUAGAGAACUAACAAAGAAGAGAAGCCCCAUUCAUUUGAAGAUUGUUAGAAAACUACCAUAAUCAAUCUCAUUGUACUUCAGUGAAAUCAUCCUGGAGGGAAAUCCUAUGAAUGUAAAGUGAGAAGUAGGAGUACUUUCUCACUGAUAUCAGCUGUCUUUACACAUAAGAGACCUCACGAAGGAUGCAAUGCUGUAUGGCACAGUCUGAUUACAUAGUAACAACCCCCUCUUUUUUUGUGGCUACACACAUGUGAUUCUUCUCCAUGUAUAGGGCACUGUAAUCUAGAUCUGGCCAGCAGAAUAUGGACACAAGCAAUGAACAUUACUUAUAAGCCAGGUCAUAAAAAACCUUAAUUCCCCUCAGAAUUUUCCCUUCCUGUGGUCCUUUGGUGCUAAUGACCUUGUGGGUCUCCCUUGGAGUCCAUAGGGUGAAGAAGACACCGUAUUAAGGACCAUAGCGAUUGUUGGGUAGCGCAGAAACUUCUGUGCUUUAUCCGUAAGUCUCAAUAUAGACUUUGCCUAGUAGAAAUAAAUAUGUGUUGUCUUAAGCUCUUAUGUGUGUGAUCUGUGUACAACAGGAUUUAUCCUGUGGCCAACUUGCACUUCAGUGAAAACAUCGUGAAGGGAAAUCCUUUGAAUGUAAAGAGAAUGUAAAGUUUCCGUGUGGGACAGCCUCCUAUGGGAAUUUGAACAGGAAAGAAAAUAUGUUUUGUCAAGUUAUUUGAUGGAAAAAUAAAAAAUACAGGAAGAAACAGUGUAAUAAAGUGUAAUACCUUUGCCGGGGGGAGACAGCUCAUUGGAUACUGAGUGUUAAGUAAAAUAUUACAAAUAGCAGUGUGCCCAACUGUUAACAAAACUUCCAACUUCAUCAGCAUUUCUA